UAUGUAAGUAUGUUUUAACCAUUUUAAUACAGAAGUAUAUGAUUAAUAUGAAAAUAAUGAACUCAAAACUAGCAAUAAAAUACAAAAAUUCGGACAUAGAAAUGGACAUCUCCCACGGACGCCCAAGCAAAAGCCCUACUCUGCUUCCUCUCAUUUCCGUCUCCUCCAGCAAAGUAGGCAGCCAUUGCUCCCGCUCCGCCGCCCGUAAAGGUCAGAAAGGAUGCUUUGAAUGCCCUAAAUUUAAGAUUUGAUUGCGUUUGAGCUGAAAUCGAAGCGUUAAGAGGUGGAUGAGAAAUUGAAAAAUUAUGAAUAAGCUGAUUGAAUUCGGAAAGAAAGCUCUGUUCUAUGCGAGGGUUCUUUCCGGCUACGAAGAACGGAGAAUCCGAUCGUUUCGGUUGGAGGUUGAAAAGCGCUUGAAAGAGGCAAAUGCGCGGAAGUUAGCCUUAAGAAAGAUUCCUGAACAAACUAUAUUAUCGGAGGUUCGCCGUAUGGUCGAGGAGAUGCAAACUUUAAAUAGGAAGCUGGAAGAAACUGAGGCUCAAAUUGAAGAGUACUUCAAGCCGAUUGACAAAGAGGCUGAGAUGAUUAUGAAAACGCAACUUGAAGGAGAGGAGAGGACAAUGAAGGAGAUGAUGAAAGCCAUGCAUCAGCAGGCUUUGCUUGAGAAAACAGAAGCGGAGAAAGAAGCACAAAAGAAAUUGGAAACAGACCGGAAGAACCAAGAGUCAAGACCCAAGACCCAGCAUCUGCCGCCGCCCCCUUGAAGUUUAGGUGAGAUGAUUUCGUAGUACGAAUAUAAUGUAGCUUUAGGAUGAUUCCUGCAAGAGCGUUUUAUCAGUUUUGACUGUUUCAAAAACCGUGCACCGUCACACUUAACACGCUUCUCUUACCUUGCUUUCGUUUCUUCCCAACUUGUAAUCCAAUUUCAAAUGAAGUAUGUGGUGGUGGUUGAAAAUUUGGCUGAAGUAAUUGUAGGGCUGUACGGAAUUUCGAAAACACCUCUUGCCCUUUGGGAGACUAGGGUGUGCGGUCAUGGCUUCCACUCAGCCCUUGUUCCUUAGGUCACAAGUCAAUCAACUGUGAAAGUGCCAUUUUGCCCUUUUUACAGGAAAGAAAAUGGUAUGACCAUACUCACCAGACUACAUAAAUUUAAAGCCUUUUUAGGGUUUUUUUAAGUUUGACUUUUACUUUUGAGUAGAACUAAAUGAAUGAAAAUAUGAUCUUGGAAUAUUGGAAACAUUAACAAAAAUGAAAUUAGCCUGGUCAAGUUUCUUUUUAAACUAGGGCCAUUUUUUCAGUUAGGGGUAAGGGGGUAAGCAUGUUACUGAUAUUUAUUCCUAGUUUUUGUUAAAACGCAUUACCGAGGUUGUACUUUGGUUCUUGAUUUUCACGUAUGAGUUUUGGAUGGACAUUUUUAACCAUCCCAUAUUUGUAAAGCCUUACAGUUGAAGAAGUUUGAAUUUAUAUCAUGUCUGGAAUUUCUA